UUGUGAUGAAGUCCUGUCAGAUCAGUACACGGAGCUGGCAGCAAAUGGCUCAAGUGGAGGUGACUCCGCUCAGAUCCUGGGAAGACUUCUUCCCCGGCUCGGAGAGGUUCUGCAAACCGGACGGGAAGGACCUGACGAGAUGGGGCAACAGGGUGGUCAGCAACCUGCUUUACUAUCAAACCAACUACAUCGCUAUAGCCCUUGUAGCUUUCAUCGUUGUUGGGUGCCUGAACCCUGAGGGGAUGUUCGCAGCCAUGGCCCUGGGGUCGGCCAUCUUCCUGGGCUUAGUGUGGGCCGCAGAGAACCAAGACUUCAUGGGCAGCUUGAAGAGAGUCAACCCCGUAGUGUUCGGGAUCGGCCUCACGGUCACCAGCUACAUCUUACUCUGCAUGCUGGGGAGCGUCAUAUGGUUCCUGUCUGCCAUCUCUCUCCCCCUGGCUUUGAUACUUGCACACGCAUCCUAUCGCCUGCGCAACAUGAAGAAUAAGAUGGAGAACAAGAUAGAGGCCGUGGGGCUGAAGAGGUCACCCAUGGGUCUUCUGCUGCAGGCUCUGGGUCAGCAAGAGGAGAAACUUAUGAAGAUCCAGAACUACCUGGAGGAGAAACUGAAGGAUUGAAGGGACUUUACGCACCAAAGAUUGUGACUUGGAUUUGUCUGUGAAUGCCUCAGUCUAAACCCUUUUAAAGUCUGUUUUCCUGUGUUGUGUUUUUUUUAAAAAGACAGCUUGUAAUCUGAAGGGCUUUAUCUUUACCUCAGGGUAUCUCUUGCUCCACCCAGAACUUGUCGGGGCACUUUUACUUCAUGCACUUCACUCCUCUGCUAUGCAAUGUGUUCCUGUGCACAGCUGCAGACUCUGAAGACGUCAUAAUUCAGUUUAAUGAGUCUCAGAAACUGUUUAGGCUCAGUUGAAGUUGUGAAAUCAACGUGUCGUUCUGUGGCAAAGACUACAAGGGUGCAGACUCUACACAUAUCACUGCCAGGGUAUUUUGAAGGCUAAAGUGUUGAAGUUUUGGAAUAAUCUCUCUUUACAUGUGGAGCAAGUAUUCAGAUCAUUCACAAAAAAUAUAUAUUACACUGUAAAUAAAUACUUGUCCAGCCUUGAAAAUGUGAACAUGUGUAAGUAGUAUCAUGAGGAAAAUGUACUUGAAGUACCAAAUGUGAAAUGUCUCAAUGCAGAAACAUGUCUACUGUGAGUUUAUACAUCAAAUGGGAGUAUAUGUGCAAUACACUGCAAUACAUUAUGACCCAAUAAAGUUCAAGCAGAGCUCAUUUUAAUAUUUUUUUGGAUUGAUCAUUGAACUGUGUGAUUUGUAAAACGUCACAAUUAAAGAGGCCCUAUAAUGCUUUUUGAGUUCUCCCUUCCCUGUAGUCAGUGUGUUAUAUAGGUUUUCUGUGCAUGUAAAUGGUCUGCGAAGGCUAAAAUCCCAAAGUUCCCUCCAGAUGGAGUUUCCUUCCUGAUUCAUCUUUUAAAAUCAAACGUGUGUACAAUGCAUUGUAUUUUAAAAGUGUUUCAUAUGUUUUCUAUGUAAUAUCUUUCUGAAAUGUAGUGAAGUAGAACCUGUCAUGAAAUGGGACUGCUCAACUAACGUAACUCACAUUUGUAUACAAGUAUAAUAUAUGUACUUCACUGUACUGUAAACCUUUCCAACUUCAUGUUCAUGCAGUUCAGAAAAGAAACCUUUGUCUUGAGCUAUGAAAUAAAUACUUCUACAAACA